AUGGCGCGCCUUUUACUCGUUUUCCACGCGUUGCUCUCGUUCUAUGUGGCACUCUCGUGCGCCGCACCCUCCAAUUACGAGCCUCCAACUGUGACGAAGAGGGCUGCCACACCUAUAUCGACAGUAUGUGGUGAUAUUAUCAGGAAUGCUGAACUUGUCUUCCCAGCCAAGCAGGCGUAUGAUUGCCUGACAUCCGUUCCUUUCAACGCCGCAGUAGCGACUCGGUUCCUUCAAUAUUACAAUGAUACAAUUCAGUUCCAAUCAAAUUUAGCGUAUCUCAAGAACCCGCCCGCAAGCUACCAGCAAGCACCUGUAGAUCUUGUUGAAGGCCUUGCCCAGAUCCAAAUAGCAAUCGACAAUAGCAAAUUUGCAAACCAAUAUGAGUUUGAAGUUGCGCUUCAGGCCUUGAUAUUCUCAACACAUGAUGCGCAUUUGAAUCUCCUUGCUGGAAUCAUAGGCGUAUUUACCUUUGGUACUGAAUAUGACAUUGCCUCUGUAUCCCUCGAUGGGAUCGAGCUACCCAAGGUCUAUUUUUCUAAUGAUUUGAUUGACAGCGCAGUCGAUGGAGACUGGCAGCCCUCGGCAAUAUCAAAAAUUAACGACUUGGAUGCUCAGGAUUACUUGGAAGAUUUUGCGGCCACGAAUGCUAUUGGGAGUCUUGAAUCUCAUGCGGAUUUUAAUCAGUUGAUGACAAGUCCUGCGCAAGACAUCCAGUCGAUAUUUAGUACCUGGGGUGGUAAUUCGAUGUUCUAUCCGGGCGAUGAGCUCACGUUUUUACUUGAAAACGGAACCCAGAUCCCUACAAAGUGGCUGGCUGUCUACACCUAUCCAAGUAGUACUGGUGCUCUCGAGACUGGUGGCGACUUUUACAACUUCUUCGUCUUGGGGUGGUAUCCUGCUUCAUACGACCCCAACGCAACGGAGUCGAGCACUGCUGCCCCAACUGCAACCGAGACGGCUUCGGCGACUUCGACAGCCGACGACUCGGCCGCGACGUCGACUACAGCAGCAGGUUCAUGGGAUAAUGUUGCCUUUCCACACCCCGACAUCGCCCAAGCCGAUCUGGGCACUUUUGGUACAGGUUUUGUGUCUGGAUAUUUCCUCAACCAGUCAUCCGUUGCCGUUCUGAGUCUUCCGAGUUUCCAGGAACCUGGAACAGCAGUCGGGUCAUUCUCAGACACCGUAACGCGUUUCCUCAACGCCAGCAAGGCAGCAGGAAUGCAAAAAGUUGUUAUUGAUGUGCAGCAAAACUAUGGUGGAGAUGUUUUCCUUGCAGUGGAUACCUACAAGCAGUUCUUCCCAACGCAGGAACCCUUCGGUGGAAGCCGAAUGCGGGCUACGGAUCCCACAAAUGCUAUGGGUGAUGCGAUUACUGGCUAUUGGGAAACACUGGAUGAUUCGGAUGACGACUAUUUCAACUUCUACGAUGAUGAAUGGAUGGCUUUGACCCGCAUCAAUCCUGAUACAAACGAUAACUUUACAUCAUGGGCCGAGUUUUUUGGACCUCAUGUCUUCAAUGGGGAUAGCUAUACUACUACACAACGGUACAACUUCUCCGAUAAUUAUUUCAGUACGAUUUCGACGGAGGAUGAGGAUGCCGAUGGGUUUACUGUAUACGGGACAGAUGACCGACCGGCUAAUACCACUCAGCCAUAUGCUGCUAAAGAUGUAAUCAUUCUGUCGGACUCUCUAUGCUCAUCCGCCUGUGCGGUUUUCAUGGAAAUGAUGCAUCAUGAAGCCGGAGUUCGCACCGUUGUCGCUGGUGGCCGUUCAUCUUAUGGUCCAAUGCAAGCACCUAGUAUGAGUCGAGGCGCCGUCGCCUACGGGUUAGACUCUCUAGACUACCAGAUCGAUGUCGCCCAACAACUCUUGCAAGAAAGCAGCGACCCCAGCAGUGCUAAUUUCCUACCUAAUAGAACGACGGCAACAGAUGUAUGGAUAACGUACGCCGAGAUCAAUCUCCGCGACCAAGUACGCAGGGGAAGUGACACCCCUCUACAAUUUGUCUACGAAGCAGCGACCUGUCGGAUCUUCUACACACCCCAAACCUUCUACAACUACACGGCGCUAUGGACGUAUGCUGCAGACGCAAUGUGGAAUAACCAGGCCCUCUGUGUCAAAGAUUCAACGGGCUGGUCCACUACAAGCGCCACCAACACCUCCGCAUCACCGGCCUCAGUCCUCCCAUCCCCAAAACCAUCCACAAGCGCAGACCCGCAGAUAGGAUCAAUAAUUAUGAGCGUCUUCUCCGGCUCAUCCCCCUCUGCCCACUCCCCCAUUCUCGACUCCGGAACCGCCACAAAGCAAGACCAACUAGCCAACGGAGGUACUGCCUGUUCCAGUGACGGCAAAUGUCCCACUACCGACUAUUUCUGUCUUGAGAAGACCUCUAUUAGAUGCGAUAAAAGCACCAAGAAACCCAUCUCAGGAAGCUACUGCGUGCCUGUCUGUAACCCUAACCAAGGUCCCAAAGUUGCGAGCACUUGCACGAACCAUGGGGUUUGUCAGCCUCUGGAUUCAACGGUACCUGGCUUCAAGAAUACGGGCGGUACGUUGGCGAAGGGUAGGAACGGGUAUUGUAACCCGCCGCCUCCGGCGUGUAGGACUACUAAGAGUAAAUUUACCUCCAUUAAUGUCGAUGAUGCGCUUGAUCCGCCGGAGAAGAGAGACGCAGAAGAAUGGUUUUGA